GUUGUCACGAUGCAUUGCAUUACCCUUUCUUCAUUCAUAAUUUUCCUCCAUUCAUCAUUUGUCUUCAAUAGCCAAAUUCAACUUUGGUUUGGGUUUUCAUUUUUACUAUUGUUGUUUCUUGUUUCCUAAUCCAUAUCGGAUACAAAAGUUCUCCCCUUGAAUACCAUCUCGUCCAAACAAAGACACAUGAACGGCAAUAUCGAUCUUCAAAAUGGAAACCAACGUUAACGCCAAUAGCAAUAAUAAUAGCAAGCCACAGCAACAGGUUGAAGAUGAGAAUAAGAAGAAAAGAAAUGGCCCCAAGCGCCGCAAAGUUGCUCAUGCAUGUGUAUAUUGCCGACGAUCACAUAUGACAUGCGAUGAUGGUCGGCCAUGUCAACGAUGCAUCAAACGAAAUAUUGGACAUCUUUGUCACGAUGAACCAAAGCCAUCUCAACUAGCAAAUCAGGCUGCUGCCGCCGCUAUAUCUUUCUCUGCUCCUUUACACGCGAGCGAAAAGAGAACCUCGCACCAAUUUCAACAGCAUCAACAACAGCAACAACAACAGCAAGCCCUGAUCCUUCAAGGCCAGACAGAUCAAAUGCAACAGCCAUCAUUGCAACACGAAGGGAUGAGCGCAGUCUCAAUGUAUGGCUUCAACGAUCACCUUACAAACCUUCCUGUUACUCCACUGACAUUUGCGAGUGAGCAUAUGGGUAAUGAGUUCACUGUGAUAAGCGACUUUUUGGAAAGCCUUGGAGGUGAGCAGCAAAACAUGGCCCCUGAUCAAGCUUUGCCUGUUAAUACGACCGAAAAGUUCUUCAUAACAGCUGCCAAUCCGAGCGAUGGAACAAAUGAAGACCGGCUUACUCAGGUAAUCAACGCAAAAUUCGAAGCAGGAUUCCUUAAACCCUACAACUAUGUCAAUGGGUAUUCGAGAUUACAGAAGUACAUGGACAGCAACAUGUCGAAUAUUAGCCGACAAAGAAUUUUGAACGUCAUGGGAACCUUCCGUCCAGCAUUCCGGAGUGUAGCUCAAUUUUUAACAGACAUCGAUCUUGUUCUAGUAGAAGAAGCAUUUGAACGGCUGUUGCUGGAUUAUGAUCGUGUGUUUAGUUCCAUGGGUAUACCUGCUUGUCUUUGGCGCCGCACAGGGGAGAUCUAUAAAGGCAACAAAGAAUUUGCAGCUCUUGUAAAUGUUCCACUCGAGAUGCUUCGCGAUGGUCGCUUGUGCAUCUAUGAAUUAAUGGCGGAGGAAUCCGCUGUUAAUUAUUGGGAAAAAUAUGGAAACAUUGCAUUUGAUGCAGGUCAAAAAGCAGUUUUAACAUCAUGUCUACUCAAGAAUCCUGAUCCAGAGUGCCAAAGUGUGAUUUCCUGUUGCUUCUCCUUCACUAUCCGACGCGACAAGUAUAAUAUUCCUUCCGUGAUUGUUGGAAACUUUUUACCAGUUUCUCUGUAACUCUGUCAAAUAAAAAAUUCGCUAUGCG